AUGACGGAUUUGUUUGCUUCUUUGACCCUCGACUCUCCAUGCGGUGUGCUUUCUUCUUUGAAGCCGUCGAAUUGGCGGUUGGCCCCUCCUGAGCCUUGCAUAAGUGGGUCAACAUAUGCGAUUUGCAACGGCAAAGGAAUCGAAGUCCGCCUCUUUGGAAGGAUGAACAACUCGGCGUGUCCCAUCUCGCGGAUUUGGUGGUGGAUCUCAUGCGAAUUGAACCCCCAGUUUCCGCCAGUUUCGGACACAGGUCCCAGCAUUCUUAGCAGUGAGUGGCCACCUUCUUCUGAGAUGCCAAUUUAA